GUACCAGCAGAGAACAACGUCCUCUUUCUCCACCUCACACCUUCGCGAUGGAGUUGGAGAAAUAUCAGAUCGACUUGGGAAACCUCAUGGGAUUCGAUGCCACUCACCAUUUCGACUCCAUCCCCUCUUCUCGGGAGGAGCUAGCCAAGCUGUGCCUGGAGAAGGGAACGGAGCUUGUCCAAGCCAUAGCCAAUGCUCUUUUCGCACUCCCUGCAACUGAGGAUCGUGAUGGGCCCAUCGUUCAUUUGCCGCAGCCAACUACCAAGCUUCCGAGGGAAAAACAUUUUCCCAAACCUAAGCCUCCUACAAAGUGGGAAUUGUUUGCUAAAAUGAAAGGUAUAACGAAGCGGAAGAAAGGGAAGCGCGCUUUUGAUGAACAAACUGGUACUUGGAAAAGAACUCAUGGUUAUGACCGGAUCAAUGAUGAUAAAGAUAUACCAAUCAUUGAGGCUAAAUUGUCAGAUGAGCCAGGAGAGGACCCCCUUGGCAAAAGAAAGGAUGAAAAGAAAAAACGAAUUGAAAAACAAAAGAAAAAUCAGUUGCAGAACCUCAAGCAAGCUGCUAAAGCUGGUGCCCUUCCAAGUCACGUACAAUUUGCUGCAACAGCAUUGCCCAUCACAGGAACCCGUGCAGAUCUGCCUACCAAAUCUAGUAAAGAAGAACUCGAGAACGUAGCUGGGAUGGCAGCGACAGCUACAGCGAGUGGUGGGAAAUUCGAUUGGAAGCUUCCAGGAGAGAAACCUCUUAAGCAUACUGGCAAGCAUCGAAAGUUCCUCCCUGUGGUCGAAGGCAAGGGAAUGAGCUCACAAGAGCAAAAACAAACAGCAAAAAUUCUUGAACAGCUAAUGGCCAAAAGCUCCAACAAUAUACUUGAUGUCAAUAAGGCUGUCACAGUGUUUAACGUGAAAAAGGAGAGGAAGCGAAGGAUGGAAAAGGAGAUCCAGAGAACUACGCCCAGUAAACUUGAGCCAAAGAAAUCUCUUAAGAAACCAUCAAAGAAGCACUAGAUGGUAACAUCCUCACUUUAUGUAACUUAUUAUUGUCAAAUUUCUAUCCUAGUAGUUUACUUUUUUGUAUCGAUAAGAAACUGAAGACCUGGUGGACUAUAGUUUAGUGUAUUAACAGUGGUAACUUCUCGUUUUGUACUGUCACCAA